CCCGGGCAGCAUCCCAGGUGGGCGCGGACCGCGACAGUUCUUGGCCGAAAACCGAGUUUGGCCCGCACGCACGCCAGGCCUCGGGGACGCCCGCAUAAAAGGCGCGCCCACCCGGGGCUGGAAGCGGCCGUCGACUUCGGUUGGACGAGAAUGGAGUGACCGGCGCGGCCCUGGCCACGCACACCCAACUCGACGCUCCUCGCCUGCUUGCGCAACUGAGCAAAGCCCCACACGGUCGCCUGGGGAAAGCAGGGCGCACGGCCGAGACGUCGCCAUGGACCGCUGCGGCCCCGCAGGCAGCCCCCUCAUCGCCAGCGCCGAGCCCACCACCAUUGCCGCCGCCACUCGAGAAUCGAGCCCCGGGCGGACAGGGUCAGGGCCGACGGGAGCGGGAGGCGGUGGGCGCUCGGGGGGCGGACGGCCCGCUGCAGCGAACGCAGCGAGGGAGCGCAGCCGAGUUCAGACUCUGCGGCACGCCUUCCUGGAGCUGCAGCGCACGCUGCCGUCCGUUCCUCCGGACACCAAGCUGUCCAAGCUGGACGUGCUGCUGCUGGCUACCACCUACAUCGCGCACCUUACCCGCAGCCUUCAGGACGACGCCGAGGCGCCGGCGGACCCUGGGCUGGGCGCCCUGCGCGGCGACGGCUACCUGCACCCGGUCAAGAAAUGGCCCAUGCGAUCAAGAUUAUACAUUGGUGCUACUGGUCAGUUUCUGAAGCAUUCUGUCUCUGGAGAUAAAGCAAAUCCUGGCAAUAUUCCAGCAGACUCACAACCUUAGGCUGUCCCCUGAUGGGUGCUGAAAGUGGUGUCUAUUGUUUUUAAAUAGCAUGAAAUAAUUCUAUAUUUAUUACAUCAGACAUAACAAACAUCAUUUCUGAAAGUUUAUAUAUGAAUGCAUAGUUAGGUUUUCAGAUUUAUCUGUCCAGUCUACAUAAAUGUGGAAUGAAAUGAUCUUGUAUAAAACACACAACUUAUCUAUUCAGUGUGAGAGAUAGUCUCUACUAUAUACAACGGGAGAAACUACUGGGAAAAAAAAGACACACAAAAGCAAAAAAUUGUAUAUCCGCAGAAUGCACACACUUUCUGGUUCUUUGGUUCGCAGGUCAGUGCUCAAUCAACUGAGCCACAGCCCCCAGGGCAGAAAACUCAUAGAAUGCACACACUUUCUGUAGUGUGUUUAUUACAAAUAAAAAAAGCUGAUAUCUAUUGAUAGUCUUCCUAGUUAGAAAAAAUAAAAGCUGUGUUUGUAAUACACCAAUAUUCCAUUUUUGUAAAAACCAGUCUAUACUUAAAGUUGGUUUAAGGAGCCAUUUCAGUUGGAAGGUGUGAGAUCAUUUAUUCAGUUUCAGCUGAAUAUGUGUGAAAAGGCUGCUGAGGUAAUAUGAUGAUGCAGUAACCUCUAUAACUAGUUAUUUUUUCCUCUUAGAAAGCUCGAUUGGAGUAUUAGAAAUGGUUUGCCUCAUAGGACUGGCUUACCCACCAUCCUCAAGGGUUAUGUCUAAUUACAUUUCCAAAUUGUGGAAGGCAUCUGGAACCCCUGCAUCCCAGUGUGAACAGCUGCAGAUGGGUGUCACUGGGCAGCAUGGUUCGUCACCCGCCUCCCUGGUCACCCCAUGUGCACCCACUCUCUUUCAGGUCCUGGACUAGCAGGUGUGGCUGCAGCCACCCUAAAGAGAGUGAGCCCCGGUGAUUCUCAGUCACAGCUUUGGCCAGGCUCCUACCCUCAUGAGUUGUUCACAGUCUACCUACUUGGCCGUUAUGAAAUGGGAGAAAUCCUGUCUGUUUUGGGAAUUCUGGCACUAAUCUAUACCUCAAGGGGGCCAGAGGACACCAAGGGACCAUCCUGAGAUACAUCAGGUCAGAUCUGAUCCUAGAACCAGGGAAGGCCCUCUGCUCUGGGCCUCUCCCUCCACACUCUGUCAGGUGCCAAAGGAUUGCACUAAUGGCUUCAGUUUUCUACAGGUUCUUGGGGCUCAGAGCUGUGAAGCAGAGAUGUUGUUCAAGGAACAUACUGAAUCUCAAAACAGUACAAUAGAAAUACCUAAAAAACAAAACAAAACUCAGUCUCUUUUGUCAUGUCUUUGUUGACUUACAUUUCUUUUUAUUUCCUUUUCUUAUUUUUUCCCUCAGUCUCUUAUUGUUUUACUUUCCAACUGUAACAUGCAUUUAUUUGUCAGUGACCUUAUUUUAAAGUUGCUGAAUUUGAUUAAAGAUUAGCAAAUAGAUAGGCAUAUUAAUUGGCUUGGUUGCAUUAAUACUGUAGUGGAACCACCACUUUAUUUUCUUCUCACCUCAGUUUUCUUCCAGCUUUUGGCAGUGAACUGGAAUAAAAGGCCAUCUGAAGGCAAAAACUAUCAUUCAGUUGAUUCAGCUGAACAUGAAUGAGCAUGUUUUGGUCCACAUCUGAUAGUCUGAUAUUUUUAUUGUUUUAAUGUGAAUAUUUGCUUGUAAUGUGAUAGAAGCAUGUCUUUAAAAGAAAAUAGAUGUAAUCAAAGCUUUGUAUGUACUAGUAUGUAGCAAAAAUAUUUGUAUAUUUAAAUACUUGUGAAUAUAUUUACUCAUAUGACAUUGAAAGGGAUUAAAAAGUAAAAUGAGAAAUGGAUUCAGCCAUUUACUAUUAUAAAUUACUGGCAUAAGAAGUACUAAGAAUAAUCUUCUGUCUUAAGGAAUGAAAUCACAACUUCUUUAAAGAUACCUGAAAAUGAACUGUAAACACUAAAUUUGAUAGCAGGAAUUUCAGAAAAAAUGGUCUUCUUGCUAAUGAUCUCUUUGGUGACAGUUUUUAAAGCACUUAAUUGGGAAAAAAUUGACUUUUGUUCAAUUAUCAGACUUUUCUAAGUCAUCCUGUGAAAUACUUUGUCUUUACUUUUUAUUUCUUCUUGUCUAGUUAUAAAUGUUUUAAUGCCAAAGAAGUAUAUUUCUGUGAUAGGUUUUUAUAACUUUUUAGUGAAUUGCUAAAUAUGUUAACAGAUUUUGGUAGGUUGGAAAAUCUCAGAGGAGAAAUUGCAUGUUUUCACCCAAAAGUUCAAGGGAGCAUGCUGUUUUAAUUAAUGGUGCAUGGUCAGGUAAGGAAUAUCACUAAAAUAAAAUAAAGUGCUAAUCUGAAAAUUAAUUUAGUCUGUUAAAUUUGUAUCUGUCUCUGUAGCUAUGUACCUAAGGUACAUUU